GUCCUAGUUUCUGUAAUAUGCUGAGGUCUAAAACUGGUUCACGAGAGGCUGGCAAAGGCUACAUCCCACAGUGUGAAGGGGACAACGGGACUUUCUCACCCAUGCAGUGCAGCCAGGAUCAAGAGAGCUGCUGGUGUGUCUUUGACAGUGGAGAAGAAGCUCCAGGGACACGAGUAAGCGGAGGAAGACCUGCGUGUGCAAAGCUCCAAUUAUUUCAGACAGUCCAAGCUCAAGCACACUUUCAACUACUGCUGCCUCCUGAGAAGACCUGUAGUUCUGACUACUCUGGAUUGCUCCAGGCAUUCCAGAUAUUCAUUUUAGAUGAGUUGAAGGCUCGUGGUUUAUGUCACCUCCAGGUAAAUGCGUUUGGAAACACUGGCUCCGUUUCUGUCUGUGAUGAUUCCACUGUCUAUGUUGAAUGCCUGGGCAUGGACCGCCUGGGGGUGAAUGUCACAUGGAGGACUCAACUGGAAAACAUCCCAGCAGCUUCUCUCCCUGAUUUACAUGAUAUUGAAAAUGCAAUUUCUGGAGAAAAUCUCAUUGGAGCAUUUAUAAAAGAGAUUAAGGACGGUGAUUUUCUGCUGUAUUUGGACUCCAAGCAGUUCCUAGCAGAUUCUGUAGUUGAUUUUCCACGGGAUGAAGAGUUUGAUUUGUCACCGAGUGUGCAGCUAGGAUGUCGAAACGGGUUCCGAAGAAUAUCAUCUCCUGGGCAAGCAGCCCCGAAUUCACAAGGAUGUGGCAGUCAUUUCCAGAACGAUGAAUGCAUUCCCUGCCCUCUUGGCUACUAUCAGUAUCAGACAGGACGUUCCUCCUGUGUCAAGUGUCCUGUGGGCAAAACUACCAUCUCCUAUGGGGCAACCAGUGCUGAUCACUGUAUCAUGUACUGUCAAAGCAAUGAGCAGGGUCUGCAGUGUGAUGAAGAUGGCCAGUAUAGACCUUCCCAGCAAGACCCUGACACUAAGAAAUCCUUCUGUGUCGACAGCUUUGGAGCAGCACUGGGCUGGACAGAAACAGAUGAUCUCCUUACAGACUACCAGUGCCUAG